AUGCCCCCCAAAAGAAAUGCUAGGAAUAAGGAAGAAGAUGAUGAGAACCUAAGCGCUGAAAGUAAUAACAAUGAGAAGCGGAAUGCAAAGUCUGGAAAUAAAAAAAACAAAGGAAAAACUACUAAUUGUGUCGCUUCGGAUGCUGAAGAGGAUAGGGUUGUUGUUGAUACUGUUAAGAAAAAAGACAAGAAAAAGAAAGGAAAAGAACAACCAAUAAAAGAUACAGACGAACCAAAGGUUGUUGAAAAGUCUGGCAGCAGACAAAUGCAGAAGGAGAAUCAUAAAUCUAGUAAUGAAUCCCUAAAGAAAUCAGGACGUAAUGCUGGCAAACGUAUAGAUUCAGAUGAAGAAGGAAAAGCCAAUACUCAAUCAAAUAAAAGACAAGGGAAAAAAAAGGGUAAAGGAGAUGAAAAUGAAACUGAACAAAGUCGUCUAAUAGUUGAUACUCAAUCGAAAACAAAAAUUUCCAACACUGAAAGUUCACGAAUGGCGUAUGAACCUGAUGAAGAGUCUAUGAAACCUGAAGAAAUAGAUGACGAUUUUUAUACAAAGAAAAGAAAGGUUGGUCGUGGAAAACAAAAGCAAGUGGGAGAACAAGAGGAAGCACCUGUUCAAAAUGCACCUGGUAAGAAAAAAAAACAGAAACCUGGGAAAAAGAAAUUUGAUGAUGGGUUCAAUAGUGAAAAUGAAGAUAUAGACGGUUUAACUAAAGCCAUAACAACUGUUUCUCUAGAAGAUGAAAUAGAUGAUUUUGAUUCCCGAAAACGAAUAGCAGAUGAUGCCGAAACAAGUAUUGAUUUAGAAACUGAAUCGAAUGAGCCCAUCCAUGAAGACUUCAAACCAGAUGUUAAAGGUACAGAGUUGCCUACUGAUACAAUCAGUGAUUCAGCUGUGAACGAGUGUUUAACCAUCCAAGCAGAAGAGAAUGAUGCUGACUCAAAACCAGAGGUUGACAAAGGAAAUGUGGAAAGUGAAGCUGGUGCUGCCAAAGUCAAGGUAUCGAAGAAAGAUCUUAAGAAGCUUAAGAAAAAAGAAGAGUUUGAUAAGCUUGUUGAAACUGCAAAAGCAAAGAUUAUUGCAUCUUCUGGGACACUUGAUAAUUUUGCACUUUCCCAGGCUAGCAAAAGUUCAAAAUCAGAACAGCUAGACAAUCAACUUGAUAUACGAGUUGAGAAUUUCUCAAUUGCUGCAAAAGGCAAAGAUUUGUUUGUAAAUGCUUCUCUGCAAAUUACUCAUGGUCGUCGGUAUGGAUUAGUAGGACCUAAUGGUUACGGGAAAACUACGUUACUCCGGCAUAUCGCUACUGGCGCGAUAAAUAUUCCUACCAAUAUUGAUGUACUUCUUUGUGAACAAGAAGUUGUAGCCGACUCAACACCAGCUUUUGAAAUGGUUCUCAAAUCUGAUAAAAAGCGAUUACAGUUAUUAGAGGAGUGUGAAAAGAUUAAGGCUCUUCUAGAAACAGAUCAAAGUCAAUCCCUGAUUGAUAGAUUGAAUGAGGUUUGUGAAGAGCUUGUUGCAAUCAAAGCUGAUGCAGCAGAAGGCAAAGCGAGACGUAUACUAUCAGGUUUGGGUUUCACAAAAGGUAUGAUGGAUAGACCAACCAAAGAUCUGUCAGGAGGUUGGAGAAUGCGUGUUAGUCUGGCGAGAGCUUUAUUUUUAGAACCAACACUUUUGCUGUUGGACGAACCGACAAACCACUUAGACUUAAAUGCUGUUAUAUGGUUGGACAACUAUCUUCAGAAGUGGAAAAAAACACUUCUAAUUGUUUCACAUGACCAGUCAUUCUUAGAUAAUGUGUGUACAGAUAUCAUUCAUUUAGACCAACGUCAACUAUUCUACUACAGAGGCAACUAUAUUAGUUUUAAAGGUAUGUUACUACAGCGUAGAAAAGAACAGCAAAAAGAAUUUGAUAAGCAAGAAAGACGUCUCAAGGAAUUAAAACAAUCUGGAAUGAGUAAUAAACAAGCUCAAGCGAAAAAUCAACGUGAUAUACUGACACGAAAACAAGCUAAAAAUAAACCAGCUCAAAAUGACGAUACAAAUAUUGGUAAACCUCAACUACUAACUAAACCAAAGGAGUAUGUUGUAAAGUUCACAUUCCCAAAUCCAACUCCUAUUUCUCCACCUAUACUUGGAUUAUACAAUGUUACAUUUGCUUAUCCAAAUCAAAAAUGUUUAUUCAAAGACUUAAAUUUUGGUAUAGAUAUGACGUCAAGAAUUUCAAUUGUUGGUCCAAAUGGUGUUGGAAAAUCUACAUUUUUAAAAUUACUUACAGGUGAAGUAGAACCGACUCAAGGUGAGCGUAGAUUAAAUCAUCGUGUUAAAAUUGGGAAAUAUGAUCAACAUUCAGCGGAUCAAUUGAAUUUAAGUGAAACACCAACUGAAUAUUUACAACGCCUUUUCAAUCUAACUUAUCAAGAUGCUCGUGCAACAUUGGGUAAAUUUGGCUUAGAAGCGCAUGCACACACUAUUCCUAAUGCUGAUUUAUCAGGUGGUCAACGUGCACGUGUUGCUUUUGCAGAAUUAUCACGUCGUGCUCCAGAUAUCCUAAUAUUAGAUGAACCGACAAAUAAUUUAGAUAUUGAAUCAAUUGAUGCAUUAGCUGAUGCUAUCAAUGAAUAUAAAGGCGGUGUUAUUGUUGUCAGCCAUGAUGAACGUCUUAUUCGAGAUACAAAUUGUAUUCUAUGGGUUAUUGAAGAUCUUGGAAUCAAUGAAAUUGAUGGUGAUUUCGAUGAUUAUCGUCGUGAGAUUUUAGAUUCUCUCGGUGAAGAAAUAUCUAAUCCGAGUAAAGUGGCUGCAGUUUCUGGAUGUCUGUCAUAA